CCCUGGGUUCCCAGACUUCCCCGGGCUCUGGUGCCCUUCUAGGCUCGGUCCCAGAGCCGGACGGGAGCUGAGGAGGACGCUGCCUGGACUCUGGUCUGGUCAGAGGGUGCUCUGCAAAUCGCCGACACCAUCGAGGUUGGCAGCUUUGGCAAGCAGGCUCGGAGGCUGUCCUCAGUAAAGCACCCAAGCAGACCGCCUCUCGGAAAAAGCCUGAUAACUUCGCUCACACCAAGUUAUAAAUGACCAAAAAGCUUCCCGGUGAAUACAUCGCGGGCGGGUUUCUCAGAGAAGGUGCUCUGGAGAAGGGAGGCACGCGGGGCCCCGCGGAGAGACUGAAAAUGGUGUUUGGACUGGGCGGCCAGAGAGAGAGGCUCUACAAGCCCCUGUACAUAGCACACCUCUUGGUUCUUGCAGGUGUGGUGUACUACUAUUUUCAGGGGUCUGUGGGGAAGCCAGCCCCUGACAGUGAGAUUGCUGAGGGACCCUCACAGCUCGUAGGGGAGACCUUGAGGCCGGUGUGGGGGCCGAUGGAUAAGUGCUACCCUGUGACCACUCAGAGACGCAGAGUCAAGGUCGGGAAGAAGCAAGCCAAGGCCAUGGCCCCCAAGGCAACGGGAAGACGGAGCGCUGCUGCGCCCAAGGAGGAGACUGAGCUCCGGUCUCAGCAGGAGGGGGAGGUGAGGCCCCCAGGGGUGGAAGCUGCAGGCCGGGGCCCCGCUGUGAAGGAGAAGGAGGCGGCUGAGGAGGAAGAAGCGGCAGGGGCCCCAGGCUGGGAGGAGAACACGAAGGUCCAAAAGGAGGUGGCAGUAUACCCUUCUGAGGCCUCUGCGGUGGAGAGCAAGGAGGAAAGGCCUGGAGGCUGGGUCCCCCAGCUCCUGAGGAAGCUCUGGCUGGACUGGGUCCCAGCCGCUGACAUCCCAAAGACUCAGAACCACGAAUGACCAAAUAGCCAAUAAACCCGGAGACUUGCCACUUC